AUGAAACUUGUGACUUUCGUCCGUUCGAUCCUUAUUGUCACCGCGAUUGGAUGCAACGGAGAUAGGACCGUGCCGGUUCUACUCUUAGACUUUGACAAGUCCCUUAGCCUGUUAAAAGUCGACAGCAACCCCUUGGUCAAGCUUUCGAGCGAGCAUUUCGUCGAAAUCACUCGUGAUAUCUUGAACAGCAGCAAAGCGGUAAUAAUAUUCGUAGAGGAGACCCUCUGUGCUGAAGACAUAAGCACUAAAGACACCAACGGUUCGGCGUAUAAACACUUGCGAGAGGCCCUGACGCGUGGUCAAGUGCGCUAUUUACCCUCCGUGGCCGACCCUUACGCGAUCUUAAAAAAGACCUUCAACAUUCAGAACACCAACGUGUUUCAAAUGAGCGACGCCAAAGUGCGGAUCUACGAUCCGCAGCACAAGCACUACUACGUGCACUUCGUGGACGAAAACAAAGAGAAAAGAAUAGAGGCGCUGAGGAGGCACGACGGCAUAAUGAGGGAGGUGUACUUCUCGAUGAGGGACGCAACGGGCGGUCCCGUGGUGGCCAUUUACACGGGCAAGAGGAACCCAAUCGUGGUGAAGAAACUCGCGUCGGCGCCACUGAAACGGAACUCUCUAUCGCAGGAUGCGAGCGUGAUCGUUGAGAGCAACGAUGCGCUGUUUCGAUUCUCCGGUGUCUACUCCACGAGUUCCAGCCGCCACUCUCGGUUCAGUCAGAUCCCUAUUGUCGCCGAGGAGAGGACGAGCCGCCGCCAUCUCUCCACGAAGGUCGCGUACACGGACUUCGACCUGCAGUUCAACUUCACCUUCAAGAAGGACGGCUGGACUAUCGAUGACGUGGCCCUAUUAGAGGGCGGAGAGGAGGUUGGUCGCGCGGGCGUUGGCGGCGGUGCCCCUUGGGACUGGUCAUACGUGUGUGGAGAACCGCUGGUGGUGAUAAACACACGCGACGGCAGCGCGGUCACCAUCUCGCAUUACCAGAUCCAGCCGUUCAAACGCGCCGGGCGGUCGUACGGCGACGACCCGCCAUCUCGAAAGCAAGACGGCGAAGGGCCCCCGCCCCCGGCUGAGGAGGCACCACCCCCGCCCCCGCCCCCACCCCCGCCUGAGGCGCCCCCUGCGGAGGCGCCCCCAGCAGAGGCGUCGCCGGACAAGCCGAAGAGUUUCGGCAAAUCGGUGCACUGCGGGCCGUACUUCAACUCGGCCAUCCUCGCCGGCCUGAUGGUCACCGCGGUGCUGCUCGGCAUACUGUUCGUGGGCAUCGGCGCGGUGUACGGGUGCCGCGCCAACAGCCGCUACGACGACGCCCAGGGGAAGCCUCUCGUGAUAUCCACCGAGGGGGGACAU